AUGGAGUUCCAUGCGGUUAUCCUAUGUGGACCAGGAAAGGCAUUGAACCCAUUUUCCAAGGUCAGAGCCACCGGUACUGUCAAGGCACUCUUGCCUAUUGCCAACAAGCCAAUGAUCGAGUAUGUGCUUGAUUGGUGUGCUAAAGCCUUCUUUCCGAAGAUCACUAUCGUUUGUGACGAGCUGUCAACUGAGGAUAUCGAGGCAGCGUUGAGUGUUUAUAAGUCUAGGGUGGCACUGCAGCCUGAUGGUGAGGAUGACUCAAGGCAGUCCAACCAGUUUUUGGACCUGAUUCAAGUUCUCGAGCUGGCCACAGCCAGUUCAGGAGAUGUGUUGAGACUCUUGUCAAAGAACAAUGUUGUUGAUCCUUUGGAGCAUUUCGUGCUUUUGCCAUGCGAUUUCAUUACCAAUUUACCUCCUCAAGUGCUUAUAGAGGCUUACAGAUCCAGACUGGAAACAGAUAUCGGUUUGCUUUGCUACUACAAGAACCAGUUGGAUAUCGAAGACAAGAAGAACAAAAUUUUCCCAAAAAACUAUACCAUAUUUGCCGAUUUACCGUCCGGUCAGUCUCAGCUUUUAGAUUACUAUUCUGCUGAAGACGUUGAUUUCCAUAAGGCUUUGAAAAUCAGAACACAGCUAGCAUGGAAUUAUCCAAAUUCGACUGUCAGCACAAAGUUGCUUAAUAGUUCGAUUUUCUUCGGCUCGGCGAAAGAAAUCUUUGACUUAUUUGAAAGAUACCUGGAGAAAUUCACGAAAUUAUAUUUCUCCAACAGACCACUUAUAAAGGUCAUCCGUGAUCUAGCCAGACUUUCGUGGCAGAGCACUUCCUGUAAAAAUACUAUUGGCUUCAUGCUUGUUCCAACCCAGGCCCAGUUUACCAGAUCAAACAACUUGCCAGUUCUCUUGGAGGCUAAUAGAUAUUCAUUAAAACUACAAGCGCAGGCUAAUGCUGGAAGAAAUACCGGCCCUAAGGAUAAGUUGGCUGCUAAUGUUGGAGCUGACGCCAUGGUUGGAGAGAACAAUGAACUCGGUGAGAAGACAAACGUCAAGAGAACAGUCGUUGGUAACAACUGUAAGAUUGGAAAGCGUGUUAAAUUGACUGGAUCCAUCAUUCUAGAUAACGCUAUUAUUGAAGAUGAUGUUGCUUUGGAGAAUUGUAUAGUUGGUCAUGAUGUGACGAUUCGUUCCAAAUCGAAAUUGGUCAGUUGUUACGUUGAAUCUACGCAUGAGGUGGCCAAGGGUACUCAGGUCAAGGGCGAUACGCUCUUGUGUUUGAGUUUGGAAGGUCUUGACGUUGAGGAUGGAGAGUCUGCUAUCGAAUCAUCUCUGGAGGAAUCUUCAUCUGGAAGCGAUUAUGACGAUUUUGAGGAGGAGUAUGAGUAUGGGGACAACUCCGAUGGGUUAUUUGCAUAUUAG